AUGCUUUCAUUUUUUUUAAAUUCUAUUUUAAAUCCGCUUAUACUUAUUGUUUUCAUUUUGUUAGCCGUUGCCCUACUAACACUUCUAGAACGAAAAAUGUUAGGAUAUAUACAACUCCGUAAAGGUCCAAAUGUAGUAAGCCCCUACGGCCUACUUCAACCAUUUGCUGACGGACUUAAACUAUUUAUUAAAGAACCAGUCCGCCCCUCCACUGCCUCACCAUUUCUGUUUUUAUUUACCCCCGCCCUGGCAUUUUCCCUAGCCCUAACAUUAUGAGUACCUAUACCACUCCCGUCUCCUUUAGCUGAUCUAAACCUAGGAAUUCUAUUUAUUCUCGCUUUAUCAAGCUUAACAGUUUACUCCAUCUUAGGUUCUGGCUGAGCAUCAAAUUCAAAAUAUGCCCUAAUUGGGGCCCUACGAGCCGUAGCCCAAACCAUCUCCUAUGAAGUUAGCCUAGGCCUAAUUUUACUAAGCACUAUUCUUCUAGCAGGAGGAUUUACCCUUCAAACAUUCAGCACCGCACAAGAAAAAACAUGACUUAUUUUUCCCGCACUACCCCUAGCCGCCAUAUGAUAUAUUUCCACUCUCGCCGAAACAAAUCGAGCCCCAUUUGAUUUAACAGAGGGGGAGUCAGAAUUAGUUUCAGGUUUUAAUGUAGAGUAUGCAGGGGGGCCAUUUGCCCUUUUUUUCUUAGCUGAAUACGCAAACAUUAUCUUAAUAAAUACUCUAUCCGCUACCCUAUUUUUAGGAACAACAUUAAAUUAUUUAACCCCAGAAAUUUCCUCAUUUAACCUAAUGAUUAAAGCCUCCCUACUCACGGCAAUAUUUUUAUGAGUCCGAGCCUCAUACCCCCGAUUUCGAUAUGACCAACUUAUACACUUAACCUGAAAAAACUUUUUACCCCUUACCCUAGCUCUCGUUAUCUGACACCUAUCCCUCCCCUUAGCUAUAUCCAGCUUCCCACCACAACUAUAA